CGCCUGUGUGUUGACUUGAUAUAUUUUAAAUGGAAUCUUAGUUUGGAUGCGGAAGAGGAACAUGUGUGGAUUCUCCUCUAAGUGCACAGCUGCUUAAAAACAUUUGAUUAUGCCAUUUCAGCACACAUCAAUUGACAAUGUAAAUAAAAGAAUUGCCGACACUCCAUGGCAACACUCACUUUGAUAAGGAGAUAAUUAAACUGUAAUACAUCUUCCCGAACUGCCUUUCAUUUUCGGGGUCGUCGCUUUUGCCGGUGUUAAUUAAGCCUUCACACACUUAAGUGUGCCACUUGAGAUGUCCGUUCGGAACACGUAUAAACCUCUUAAGCACCACUGCCUUAUCGCCAGCCGGAUUCGGCCAACGGAGUAGACACCAAAGUAAAACAGUGAUCUCACAGAUAACGCCGCGAAUCGAAAUCGGAUUCAGUAUCAGUAGCAGAAGUAGCAGUAGCAGUAGCAGUAGCAGUUUCCCAGGCAGUUUCGCAGUCCGCCGGCAGCUGGUAGAAAAACAGCAGAAUAUUCAUAAAUAAUCUUUGGACGCAGCCACAUCGGCGGAUCAACUCCACUCCUCCACUGAAAGGAAGUCGGUCUUGUGACUUCGUCGUGGUGCGGAGCUAAUUGAAUUUAAUGCACAAAUGAGCCCAAGGAAUUUGCUUUCAUAAGUCCCCGUAUGCACAAGUGACGAAUGCCAUUCCUGAGCAGUCUGCAUUUGCAUUGUCUGCCAUCGCCGAGAAAUUUCACUUCCGAGUCGCACAUCACUACCGUCCCAAGAUGAAGGCGACCAGAAACGGAGGCCAGCUGCUCAUCGCUCCGUCGCCCCAGAGCCCCUCAGCCCGGCUGAUGCCCCUGCGCACCUACUCCAAUGCCUCCUCGCUGGGCCACCACCAUCAUGACAGGAGUCCUCUGCCGGAUGGAGACGAGGAGGAGGGCGGUCUGGGCUACCACCACACACUGAUGUAUGGUCGUUAUACCAAAGAUCUAGGAGAAUUUGCCAAGGAUGAAGCCAGAAAGCUCAAAAUACUCGAAAAGCGACGAAAGCAGGAAGAUAAACAAAGGAAUAAGGAACUGUUAGGCAAACACUCGACGAGGGCGAAGAAGGUGUCAUCAUGGAUCUGGAGGCAUACGGUGGCCCGGCUGGGCGAGGAUUGGGUCUUCCUGGCGCUACUGGGCAUCAUAAUGGCGCUGCUCUCAUUCAUCAUGGACAAGGGCAUAUCCAUAUGUACAAACGCGCGAAUUUGGCUAUAUCGCGAUCUGACGUCACAGCCUUUUGUUCAAUACAUAGCAUGGGUCUCACUGCCGGUCUGUUUGAUAUUAUUCUCAGCCGGCUUUGUCCAUCUCAUCGCACCGCAAAGUAUAGGUUCCGGUAUACCCGAAAUGAAGACCAUACUGCGCGGCGUUCAAUUGAAAGAGUAUCUCACAUUUAAGACACUAGUGGCCAAGGUAAUUGGUUUAACGGCAACUCUGGGCAGCGGUAUGCCAUUAGGAAAGGAAGGUCCUUUCGUACAUAUAGCAAGUAUUGUAGCACAAUUAUUAAGUAAACUUGUCACAUCAUUCCAAGGCAUAUAUGAGAAUGAGUCGCGAAACUCGGAAAUGUUGGCCGCUGCCUGUGCCGUUGGUGUGGGCGCCUGUUUUGCAGCUCCCGUGGGGGGUGUGCUCUUCAGCAUUGAGGUCACCACCACCUACUUUGCGGUGCGCAACUACUGGCGCGGCUUCUUCGCCGCCGUUUGUGGCGCCACUGUCUUCCGACUGCUGGCCGUUUGGUUCCAAAACGCCGACACCGUUCGAGCUUUGUUCCUCACGAACUUCACCACCGAGUUUCCCUUCGAUCCCCAGGAGCUGUUUGUCUUCGCCUUGAUUGGUCUCGUCUGCGGAUUGGGAGGCGCCUCUUACGUUUGGGUCCAUCGGCGAUAUGUCCUGUUUAUGAGAUCUAACAAAAGAAUGAACAAGUUCCUACAAAAGAAUCGCUUUUUGUACCCGGGAUUUCUGGCCCUGUUGGUCUCCAGCAUAUCGUUUCCCCUGGGCACUGGCCAAUUCCUGGCCGGCGAACUGAGCACCCACGAGCAGGUGACGCAGCUCUUCAGCAAUUUCACCUGGUCACGCGAUGAUCUAACCGUGGAGCAGGCGGCUGUGGUGACCCACUGGAUGACCAGCUAUACGAGUGUGUUUGGAAAUCUCGUAAUCUACACCUUGUUUACGUUUAUGUUCUCCAUUAUCGCCUCCACGAUACCAGUUCCCUCGGGCAUGUUUAUUCCGGUUUUCAAGAUCGGCGCCGGAUUUGGUCGUCUGGUGGGUGAGUUUAUGGCCGUGACAUUUCCCCAUGGCGUUCGUUAUGGCGGCAGAUUGUCACCCAUUAUGCCCGGUGGCUAUGCCGUCGUCGGAGCAGCUGCCUUCUCGGGAUCCGUAACUCACACGGUUUCGGUUGCUGUAAUUAUUUUCGAGAUGACUGGCCAAAUUACCCAUGUGGUUCCGGUCAUGAUUGCCGUUCUGGUGGCCAAUGCCGUGGCGGCGCUACUCCAACCGUCGAUAUACGACAGUAUUAUUUUGAUUAAGAAGCUGCCGUACCUGCCCGAUCUGCUGCCCUCCAGUUCGGGGAUGUAUAGCAUAUUCGUGGAGGACUUUAUGGUGCGGGAUGUGAAGUACAUAUGGCAUGGCAUCUCCUAUCAGAAGCUCAAAGAGGUGCUCAAGCUGAACAAGACGCUGCGAUCGUUGCCGCUGGUGGACAGUCCGGAUAAUAUGAUCCUUCUGGGUUCAGUGCAGCGAUAUGAGUUGAUCAAAAUGAUCGAGAAGCACAUUGGACGCGAGAAGCGAAUGGAGGUGGCCCAAAAGUGGCAAAAGGAGGCCCAGGAGCGGGCCCUGGAGGAGGAGAAGAAGAAGCAGGAGGUGGAGCUAAAGAUGCGGCGACCAUCGCGAUUCGAGGUGCUUCCCGCUCCCGAUAUCCUGAGUCUGCGGCAGAUAGCCAACGAUGAGAUGCUGCCGCCCAAGAAGAGGGCGGAAACGAUGCACGGAUCGCUGGCUCCCAGGAAAUCGAUCCUGAAGAAAACCAACUCCUUUAACCUCAAGACCUAUGCCCAGCCCAUGGCCCAUAGUCCCAGCAUUACGCCAUAUACCACCAUCACCGGGAACUCCGAGUUUCGCAUUCGCUCGGCCUUCGAGGCCAUCUUCAAGAAAUCCACCACGCUCCAGGAUGUCCAGCCGGAUCCGGAGACGGGUUCCCUCUCCCCCGCCGCCAGCCACAACGAGGUGGAGGUUCCCCGAACUCCCAGCACUCCGGGUGUUUCCAAAAAGGUUCAGCUGUCUGCACAAACUAAUUGGGAUUUUGUAACCGAUCAAAUUAUGCUGCAAGUAAACCCUAUUUCAACGGAAGCAAAAACAUUGCCUGCCGAAAAGGAUAGCACGGAAAUAGCAUUAUCAACUAGUGGGGAUAAUUCAAGCCAAUCGCCGAGCAUUAAAUUCAAAACAAAUAAGGUUGCAGACAUAAAUAGAUCCCCGAAAACAACAAAAAAGUGCACGAAAAUAAGGUUUGCCAAUGAGGUUGGGGUAAAUGGUUCGCCAACUAGAACGAAAUAUGAGAUAAAAGAACCAAAUGAAAUGGGAUACUCUAUAGAGGAUGUGGAUGAACCAGAUGUGGAGACCGUUCAAAAGCCAAAGUCUGUGCAGUUGCCCAGGGAACGUGUCAUCGACAUGUCGCCAGAGGAUCAAAAGCAAUGGGAGCUCGAGGAGAUGCUGAAGCCCAUCGAUCUGCAAAAGGCCAAUGUGCACAUAGAUCCCUCGCCCUUCCAGCUGGUGGAACGCACCUCCAUACUCAAGGUUCACUCGCUGUUCUCGAUGGUGGGCAUUAACCACGCCUAUGUGACCAAGAUCGGAAGGCUGGUGGGCGUGGUGGGACUGAAAGAAUUGCGCAAGGCCAUCGAGGACAUCAAUAGCAAUAGCUUUGUGCCGCCCACUCGAGAUGAGGAUGCCGAUGACAAGCCGGCUGUGGAGAAACCCCUGCUGUCGACAAACACUAGCGAUAAGGCCGUGGACAUGACCGUCACCUCAAUGGACUCAGCACUCGAGAACUGCUCGGAUAUCGAAAUGGAGCACAUAAAGCACACGGAUAAGGGCACAGUUUCGCUCACCAUGCCGUCGCAGGAUGGCAAUCAAAACCCACCGGCUGACACAAAAACCACAGAGAACGGCAAUCAUGCUUGAAACAAGAUGAUCGGCUAAUCAGAAUAGUACAUACGCUACGUAUACGUAAUAUGUUUGUAAAGAUCAGCUAAAAACACACCUAUCAUAAGUUACGUCUUACACGAGUUAGUCAUCAAUGUUAUUAUGUAUUUAUAUCUCGUUAGUUCAUAAUGUCAAAGAUAUCGUGAUUUAUAUUUAAGAUGAGAAAAAAGAAAAUCAAGUCACCGAA